UUACAGUCACCAAGAAGAGUGACAGCACCUGAAACUUUGGGCUACUAUACCAAAUCAGAGACUCCAUCUCCUCCAGCAUGGCAGGUAAGAAAGUGCUCAUCAUCUACGCACACCAAGAACCCAUGUCCUUCAAUGGGUCCCUGAAGAAAGUGGCAGUUGAAGAACUGAGCAAACAGGGAUGUACAGUCACUGUGUCUGACUUAUAUGCCAUGAACUUUGAGCCACGGGCCACAAGAAAUGAUAUCACUGGUGCCCUCUCUAAUCCUGAAGUCUUCAGAUAUGGGAUAGAAGCCUAUGAAGCCUACAAGAAGACAGCUCUGACCCGUGACAUACUUGAGGAGCAGAAAAAGGUGCAAGAGGCUGACCUAGUGAUAUUUCAGUUUCCACUAUACUGGUUCAGCGUGCCGGCAAUCCUAAAAGGCUGGAUGGAUAGGGUACUGUGCCAAGGGUUUGCCUUCGACAUCCCAGGCUUUUAUGACUCCGGUUUGCUCAAGGGUAAAUUGGCCCUCCUUUCCUUAACCACUGGAGGUACAGCCGAGAUGUACACAAAAACGGGAGUCAGUGGAGAUUUCCGGUACCUCCUAUGGCCGCUCCAGCAUGGUAUAUUGCACUUCUGUGGGUUUAAAGUCCUUGCCCCGCAGAUCAGUUUUGGUAUUGAUGUUUCAUCAGAAGAAGAAAGAAAAGUGAUGGUGGCAUCAUGGGCCCAGCGGCUGAAGAGCAUCUGGAAGGAAGAGCCUAUCCACUGCACACCCCCUUGGUACUUCCAAGAAUAACAUUUUGUGCUCAGAGUACAGCUAAGGAGCGAGCAGCACCGUGAGAGACCUAAAGCAUGUGCAAAGAGAAGGUGGGGCUGCAUCCAGAGAUGCAGUUAACAGUGCCCACCAGUGAGUGUUUUCAGUUUCAUGCAACUACGUCAGAUG